AAUUUCUCCAAAAAAUUGCAAUAUUUUCAGCUUUGAACAUUUGGUUGUGCUAAACUUUGAGUUUUUUUCUGCUCCGCAGCUCUCCUGAAUCUCAGAACUCAUAAGCUGCGAUCGUAUUCAUUAUACGUCAGUUCUACUUUGAAGGUAAACAUCUGGAAUAAGCUGUUGUUUGUUUCAACACAUUAAGUUGUGAUCCAAUGUUAUCACAUAAGGCUGUCAGGAAAUUUUCGAGGUUGAGAUUUGGUGCUUGCAGUGUGUUUGGUAAUGAUAUUCUAGGCAGUGUUCCUGAAAUGGAACUCCAAAAUUUCAAGGGUGAACAAGGGAAGCGGUUCUCUUUGAGUAAAAUGGACAGGGAGGAAGACAAUGGAAGAGUAUAUCUAUGGCAAAGGCCAACAAAUAGAGUUUCACGUAAUCCUGCCUUAACCCGAGAAACUAGUGUUACUGGAACCACACAUAAUGCUUUUCAUAUGUUGCGUCAUUGUUAUAGCACCCAACUGAAUCCACGAAAUGGUGUGGGCUUAAAUAAGGUAUUGGGAUCUUUGCCUGAAUUUGUGAGGAUAGUAGAAGUAGGUCCAAGAGAUGGGUUGCAAAAUGAGAAGGAGAUCAUAUCUACAAGUGUGAAAGUUGAACUAAUACAAAUGCUUGUUUCUGCGGGGCUGGAAGUCGUCGAAGCUACUAGUUUCGUGUCACCGAAGUGGGUACCACAGCUUGCUGAUGCAAAGGAUGUAAUUCAAGCAAUUCAAAACAUUGCAGGUGUGCGAUUUCCAGUUUUGACACCAAAUCUGAAAGGUCUUGAGGCUGCUGUGUCGAGUGGGGCCAAGGAAGUUGCAGUAUUUGCUGCAGCUUCUGAGUCCUUUUCUCGGUCAAACAUAAAUUGUAGCAUUGAAGAGAGUCUCACCCGUUAUCGUGAUGUUGCUCUUGCUGCUAAAAAUCAUUCCAUUCCUGUUCGUGGAUAUAUAUCAUGUGUUGUAGGCUGUCCAGUGGAAGGAGCAGUACCUCCUUCAAAAGUGGCAUAUGUUGCUAAGGAACUUCUUAAUAUGGGCUGCUUUGAAAUUUCUCUCGGUGAUACAAUUGGGGUUGGUACUCCAGGUACAGUCAUUCCCAUGCUUGAAGCCGUCAGCGAAGUUGUUCCCAUGGAGAAGCUUGCUGUCCAUUUUCACGACACUUAUGGCCAAGCUCUGUCUAACAUUCUUGUGUCAUUACAGAUGGGAAUCAGCACAGUGGAUUCCUCUGUAUCCGGACUUGGAGGUUGUCCAUAUGCCAAAGGUGCAUCAGGGAACGUUGCGACUGAAGAUGUCGUAUAUAUGCUGAAUGGACUCGGAGUGAGGACAAACGUUGAUCUCCAAAAGCUCAUGCUGGCAGGGGACUUCAUCUGCAAGCAUUUGGGCCGGCCUUUGGGUUCCAAGACUGCAAUUGCCCUGACCAGACGCACAGCUCAUACUUCCAAACUUUAAAAGUGACAGGAAAGAUGGAACAAAAUACAAACCCAAUGGAAGAAGAUUGAGUUACCAUGAACUGCUAAGCAGAAGGUAAUUUUGUGCUUUUUUGGUCAUUGUAUUUUGUGGGCUUCAGUGUCGGAGUCCUGCUAACAGACAGGUCACAUGGACUGGGAGUUUUCUUGAGAUAGAAUUUGUGUGUCAGCUCUCCUUCAAGACUCUGUGCAUCACAAUAAAUUGAUGAAAUAAUAUAUUCAACUUGGUCUGUUCAGGACCAAACAUCAGUUCCAUUGAGCAUAUAAUAUAUAAAAAUAUUAAGGUACAA